UAGAAAAAGUGGAUUAAAAAACUAACAACUAAUAAAAAAAUUAGUUAUAAUAGAUUUUUUAUCUUAGUUUGUAAACCAUUAGCCAAACACUUUUUCUGAUUUUUUUUGGCUAUAUAACUAGCUAAAAAGUCAAAAGUCAACAAUUAAAAUGCUAAUGAAAAAAUUAUUUACCAUACAAAGCUUUAAUCUUAUUAUGAUAGAUUCUUAUGAUCUACUCAUUGUAUGGUAUUGACUUGACUUAAUGAGAAUCUUAUAGAGAUGACAAUGGAUUAUGUGGAUUCAGUUUGUUUUGAUGGGUUUGGGUCUUUUUUUUUUAAUCCGUCGGAUUUAAAUUCAUAUUAAUUUGAUGGAUUUGAGUUUGAAUCUAGUAAAAUAUUCGAAUCUAGACCCGUGGAUUAUAAGGACCCAUUUUAUUAAAAAUAAAAUGAUUAGUCCUAAUUCAGUAAUUCCUAUUUACAGGAUCUUUAAUGCCUACUUACAUUAUACUUAAUGCGUAAAUUGUGUAUGUUAAAAUUACUAAAGGAACCCGGAAGUCCAGUCUUCCCAAUUCCUAGCCUGUCUGCUGUCUUUUCCCUCAAUUCUCAAACACUCACUCACUCUCUCCCAAUCUCGUUGGUUUGCUGAUUCGUUGGUCCGCUGCUCUUCUGUGUUUCAGCCAGCCUUCAGAGGAGUCCCGACCACCACAGGCCGGUCUACUGUUUUCGCUGCUCCUCUCCGACUCAAUCUCACUGUUGCCCUUACCCCAGCCGAUGAAAGAAAACAUCCAAAAUAGUGAGGACCUCCUUGGAGAAAUGGAAGAGCAAGAAGAUGACGACAGUGAGCUAUUUGAAAUGGAAGCCAAUGAACGUGAGAGUGAAGCUCACCAAAGAUUUGGAAUUGAUGGAGAUGAUCAUGGGAAUGACAGUGAACAAUACUUUGAGAUUGAUACUGAUAUAAAUGAGAGUGAACAAAUGAUUGAGUUAGAGGGUGAAGAUCACUGCAGUGAUGGUCAACAAUUCCUCGAGGUUGGUCAUAACCUAGAAAGUGGCACCUUUGAGGUGCUUGACCUUGAUUCCAAUGGCCAGGAGACUAAUCAAGGAACCCAUACUAUGAGCAUUGAUCACGAAAAUGGCUUAUCUAAAGAGAAUUGUUGCCAUCCACCUAUUCUGGGCAUGGAGUUCGAAUCCUAUGAUGAUGCUUAUAACUAUUAUAACUGUUAUGCUAAGGAAUUGGGUUUUGCUAUUAGGGUUAAAUCGUCUUGGACAAAACGCAACAGUAAAGAAAAGCGUGGUGCAGUGCUCUGCUGCAAUUGUGAGGGUUUUAAAACUCUCAAAGAAGCAACCUGCCGGAGGAAGGAAACAAGGACUGGUUGUCUAGCAAUGAUAAGGCUGAGGUUGGUGGAAACAAAUAGAUGGAGGAUUGAUGAAGUUAAACUUGAACACAAUCAUCUCUUUGAUCCCGAGAGGGUUCAGAACUCCAAGUCGCACAAGAAAGCCGAAGUAGGUAUAAAAAGAAACUUAGAGCCAACAGUUGAUAUAGAAGUACGCACCAUCAAGUUAUACCGUACUUCUGCAAUUGAUGCCGCCAGCUCUUGGAGAAUUACAUCCAGGGGGGCCGAGAACGGUAACCACCUUCAGUCGUGUAGGUUAAAGCUGAAACCUGGAGAUUCACAAGUUAUACUAAACUAUUUUUGUCAGAAACAACUAACAAAUCCAAAUUUCUUUUACAUAAUGGAUUUGAACGAUGAAGGUCAACUGAAGAAUGUAUUUUGGAUAGAGUCUAGGGCAAGGGCUGCGUACAAUUACUUUGGAGAUGUUGUGGCUGUUGACACAACCUGUUUGUCGAACAAAUAUGGCAUACCUCUUGUGGCUUUCAUUGGUAUUAAUCACCAUGGACAGUCUAUUUUGCUGGGUUGUGCUUUCAUUGCUGAAGAAGCUGUGGAAAACUAUGUGUGGUUGUUUAGAGCAUGGCUUACAUGUAUGUUGGGGCGCCCUCCUCAAACUAUUGUCACAGACCGGUCACAGGCUAUUCAAAGUGCGAUUUCUGACGUAUAUCCUCGUGCCCAUCAUCGGUUUUGGUUGCCACUUGUGAUGCAAAGUAUCCAUUUGAACUUGGGCCAACUGCGGGAAUCUGAAGCAUUUCUGUCACUCUUGAACCAAAUUGUCUAUCGUUCUUUGAAGGUCGAUGAAUUUGAGACUUCAUGGGUUAGCAUGAUAGAGCAGUUUGACCUAAAAGAUCAUGAGUGGCUUCAAGAUUGGUAUGAAGAUCGUGAAAAAUGGGCUCCGGUUUUCCAGAAGGACACAUUUCUUGCGGGACUUUUCACUGCUCAAGCAGGUGAACCCUUUAUUCCUUUUUUUGCAGGUCAUGUCCAUGAAAGAACAUCGGGAAAAGAAUUCUUUGACUUGUAUGACGUUAUCAUUCAAAAAAAACGACAAAAGGAAUCACUCGAUGAUCUCGAGUCCAGUGGAUCCAACCUCUUGUUAAGAACGCGAUGCUACUAUGAGCUACAACUUUCCAAAUUUUAUACGAAAGAAAUCUUCGAGAAGUUCCAAGUUGAAGUCGAGAUGAUGUCUGCUUGUGUGAGCAUUAACCAAGUUCAUACGUCUGGGCCUGUCGCUACAUACGUGUUGAAAGAACGCGACAGUGGAGGCAUGAAGGAGUUCGGAAGCUUCGAAGUGAUGUAUGAUAAAACAGUUAAUGAGGUACGUUGUGCAUGUGGUGGCUUUUCUCUCAAUGGUUAUCUUUGUCGGCACGCAUUAAGUGUCCUAAACCACAACGGUGUUGAGGAGAUUCCUUUCCCAUAUAUACUCCAACGAUGGAGGAAGGAUUGCAAACGUUUAUAUGUACCUGAUCUUGGUUCUAAUGCCAUUGAUAUUAGCAAUCCUACACAAUGGUACGGACAUUUGCACAAACGAGCAAUGCAGGUAGUUGAAGCAGGUAUGUUCUCGCAAGAUCAUUAUAUGGUGGCUUGGCAAACGUUUCUAGAGUCCUUGAAUAAAGUUCGACUCACAGAAGAGAAGCACGAAUGAUGUAUGUUAGAUGUGCUUUCAAAAUGUAAAUUUGUAUUUGUUAAUAUUGUGUUUCUUUUGAAAAUAGACGAAAUAAAGUGAUGUAUAUUCCCCUUGCGUUCUCUAGCCUGUUUUCGCUCCUCCAUUGUUGAUGAUUCUACACCCGAAAUUAACCGACAUGUAGAAUAUCCUCCUGUAUUUUCAUAGUUGAAGGAAUACUCGUUAGUCGUUACUCGUUAGCUUUCGUUAGGUGAUGAAAACUGAUGUUUUGUUCAUGAAUCUGCUGGCUUCUCCA